AUGGUUUUCAACGGCCCCGGUAUCUACGAGAUUGUGCCAUACCAGGCUCCAACCCUCAACCUCAACGCCUGGGACGGUCUACUUGCAGCUGGAGCUGUGGUCAGAACCUAUGCUCGCGGCAAUACCCCAUCCGAUAAUGCUAAGUGGCAAAUGGCUCUCGUUGCUGGCUCGGGAGAGAGCGCUGAGUAUUUGAUCAUCAAUGUUCGCAGCGGUUAUUUCCUCACCGCUACCGGUGACAAUGCCAUUGUCUCCACUCCGCAGAUUUCUCCAGCGGAGGCCGCAGCCCGCUGGACCAUUAAAUCGACUCCAACAAAUGGCUACGAGGUCUUCACCAUCACGAACAAGGUCUCUAGCCGCGGUCAGCUUUCCGUGAAGGACUUCUCUACCCAGAGUGGAACCGAUGUCCUUGCGGCUUCCAAGAAGGAUGCCGAUAACCAGAAAUGGUAUUUUGAUGCCAAGUAA